UGUGAUCAUCAUCUUGGAGUUAUCAUUUCAUCUCUUCUUCUUCUUCUUCUUCUUCUUCGUCUUCUUUGAAGCUUUAUUUUUUUUCUUUUGGAUAAAAGAGAAAGUAAAAGCAUGGCGAAGGGAAAUUAAAUAAAAGAGCAAAAGAGAGAAGAAAAAAAGGAAAGCUUUAGCUUCUUCCUUGUGCUUGAAGACUCUUUUUAUGUCUCUCUGUUGUGUCUGAAGCAGAGCAGAGAGCGUUUGAGGAGGGGGAAGAAGAUGUUUGAUUCGACGCCUGAAAUUUCUCAGAUUCCUUUCGUUUUCCUUCACUUUCCCGGAAAAUCAUUUCCCAUCACUCUCCUUCUUAAACCCAUUUGUCUUUCCUUCGAAUCCUUCCAAACUCCACAACCCUAAAAAAAAUCCCCCAAAAACAAAAAAAUAAAGGAUAAAAAGCAGAGCUCUCUCCGAAGAAAACAGCCAUGUCCCUUUUCAUCCUCUGCACAAUCAUCUCCUGUCUUCUCGUUUCUUCUUCCGCUUUUCCAGUCGACGAUUUCGGCGCGUUAAUCUCGUUGAAGCGUCGAUUUCAGUUCCCGGAACCGGCAUUGUCCUCUUGGAACGAGAUGAAUCGGAGCUCUGUCUGCACCUGGGUCGGAAUUCAGUGUUCGGAGGGGCGAGUUGUGUCCUUAGACCUCACGGGCUUGCAGCUCGGAGGAACAUUGUCUUCUCGCUCUGUUUCGAAUCUGCAGAAGCUCUCAAGCUUGUCUAUUUCGGGCAACAAUUUCUCCGGAACGCUACAGAUUUCGGACAUGCCCGGUCUGAGAUUCAUCAACAUCUCCGGCAACCAGUUUUCCGGCGAUCUCGACUGGGAUUUCUCCGGAUUCCCGGAUUUAGAAGUCUUCGAUGCUUACGACAACAAUUUCUCAGCUCCUCUGCCGGUUGGGAUCGUUGCCUUGGAGAAGAAGCUAAAGUACUUGGAUCUCGGAGGAAACUACUUUUUCGGUAAGAUCCCUGCGAGUUUUGGAAGAUUGUCGGCUUUGGAGUAUCUUUCCUUGAACGGAAACGAUCUCCGGGGGAAGAUUCCCGGAGAAUUGGGGAAUCUGACGAAUCUCAGACAGAUUUAUUUGGGUUAUUACAAUGCUUAUGAAGGUGGGAUUCCUGUUGAAUUUGGCAAGUUGGCGAAUCUUGUUCACAUGGAUCUGUCAAACUGUGAAUUGGAUGGUUCGAUUCCUCGGGAGCUCGGGAAUCUGAAGCUUCUAGAAACUCUGUUCUUGCACAUCAAUCGGCUCUCGGGUCCGAUUCCAGGGGAGCUGGGGAACUUGUCCGGUUUGGUGAAUCUUGAUCUCUCCAACAACGCGUUAACCGGGGAGAUACCGGACGAAUUCGUGAAUUUGAAGCAGCUCAAGCUUUUUAAUCUGUUCAUGAACAGAUUCCACGGGUCAAUCCCUGAUUAUGUCGCCGAGUUCUCGAAUCUGGAGAUGUUGCAGCUGUGGAUGAACAACUUCACUGGCGUGAUACCCGAGAAUCUUGGUCGGAACCAGAAGCUGCAAGCUCUUGACUUGUCCUCAAACAAGCUCACGGGAACAAUCCCGCAACACUUGUGUUCCUCAAACCAGCUCAAAGUCCUUGUGCUGAUGAAGAACUUCCUCUUCGGGCAAAUCCCGGAUCGGCUCGGGACUUGUUACAGUCUGGUCAAAGUAAGGAUGGGGCAAAACUACUUCAACGGAAGUAUUCCAGACGGGUUCAUUUACUUGCCUCAGCUGAAUCUUGUCGAGCUUCACAACAAUUACUUGUCGGGUAAGCUGCCUGAAAACCCUAAUCCGUCUUCGAGCCCUACAGAUUUAGGGGAGCUGAAUCUGUCCAACAAUCUUCUAUCCGGGUCAUUACCGUUCUCCAUAUCGAAUUUCUCCGCAAUUCAGAUCCUUCUGCUCGGCGGAAACCAGUUUUCGGGUCAGAUUCCGCCUUCGAUUGGACAUCUGAACCAGGUUCUGAAGCUCGAUGUGAGCCGGAACUCGCUCUCUGGUCUGAUCCCGCCUGAAAUCGGUGAUUGUCUCCACCUUACUUACCUCGACAUGAGCCAAAACAACCUCUCCGGUUCAAUCCCUCCUCAAAUCUCCAACAUCAGGAUCUUAAACUACCUGAACCUCUCAAGAAACCACUUGAAUGAGACCAUACCAAAGUCUAUUGGCUCAAUGAAGAGCCUAACCAAUGCCGAUUUCUCCUUCAAUGACUUGUCCGGUAAGUUACCCGAAUCCGGGCAAUUCCUCGUCUUCAACGCCACUUCUUUCGCGGGCAAUCCCCGCCUCUGCGGGUCCCUUCUGAAUAACCCUUGUGAUCUCUCCCCAGUUCCCUCGAGACAGCCGAGGAAAUCACCCCGAAACUUCAAGCUCGUCAUCGCCUUGGGAUUACUCGUAUGCUCUCUGGCUUUCGCCGUGGCUGCAAUAGUCAGAGCCAAAUCAUUCAAGCGGAAGCACGGACAUAGUUCUUGGAAAAUGACAGCGUUUCAGAAGGUUAAAUUCACUGCUUCCGACAUCAUAGAAUGCGUGAAAGACGGGAAUAUCAUCGGAAGAGGCGGCGCAGGGAUCGUAUACUACGGGAAAACGCCGAAUGGAACAGAAGUAGCGGUGAAGAAACUCGUGAACGUCGGGGCGAACGGGCAUGACCACGGGUUCGGAGCCGAGAUUCAGACGUUGGGCAACAUCAGACAUAGGAACAUAGUGAGACUGCUGGCUUUCUGUUCGAACAAGGAGACGAAUCUCCUCGUCUACGAGUACAUGAAGAACGGGAGCCUCGGAGAGGCGAUUCACGGGAAGAAAGGAUCGAUACUGGUGUGGAAUCUCCGGUACAAAAUCGCGGUGGAGGCUGCGAAAGGGCUGUGCUAUCUCCACCACGACUGCUCGCCUCUGAUCGUCCACCGAGACGUGAAGUCUAAUAACAUCUUGCUGAAUUCGACAUUCGAGGCACACGUGGCAGAUUUUGGACUGGCCAAGUUCUUGACCGACGGCGGCGCCUCCCAGUGCAUGUCAGCCAUCGCCGGCUCCUACGGCUACAUUGCUCCAGAGUACGCGUACACGCUGAGGGUGGACGAGAAGAGCGACGUGUACAGUUUCGGGGUGGUGUUGCUCGAGCUCGUGACGGGAAGACGGCCGGUCGGAGAUUUCGGGGAGGGGGUGGACAUAGUCCAGUGGGUGAAAACGGUGACGAGACGUCGGAAGGAAGAGGUGAUGCUUGUGGUGGACCACAGGCUAAGCAACGUGCCCAGACAAGAGGCGGCGCAUUUGCUGUUCGUGGCCAUGCUAUGCGUCGAGGAGAACAGCGUCGAGCGGCCGUCGAUGAGGGAAGUCGUCCAGAUGCUUCUGGAGUUUCCCCGGCCGGAGACUCCCUUCUCGCCGCCGCCGGCGGUUCACAGUCCGUGCAAGGGCGUGACGAAUGAUGCCAAAGCUAAACAAGAAGACUCUUUGGUUUAAAGGGAUCGGUUUUGGAAAUUUUUUUUCUUAGCCCUUUAAUUAGUUUUCUAUAAGUCUUUUUUUUUAUAUAUAUAAAAAAAAAUCUUUUAGGGUUAUGGUAUUGGGUUGGAUUUUGUUACACCUUGGCAAUCGAUGUGAAAUAUAUAUAAAUAUGUGUAUACUUUUUUUCCCCAAGUCAGAAUAUGUGAUUUCAUGAGAUA